AAAAGGUAAUUCAUUGUGCCUUUGUUAUUCUUUCCUAUUAAAACUUUGGGAGUUUUGUUCGACUGGCUUACUGCAUAAACUGGUUACUGGGAAAUCUGAUCUGUGUUGCGAAAAAUGUAUUGAUUUGGUUGUUAUCCGGCAGGAAUUUUCCGAGAAUUUCAAGAUUUUCAGAGCAAAACGUUGCAAGCUCUUUCGGUGGUUCAGUACUGUAAUGUUAACAUCAGAUUGGUGUAAGUUGCCAGUGGAACUUUUGGGGUUAAUUGCUAGUCGGCUGCAUUUUGCUGAAGACUGGGUGCGGUUUGGAGCAGUGUGUAAGUCAUGGAGAAUUUGUGUAAUACAAAAUGGCAAUUCUUCACGCUUAUUCCUUCCUUGGCUGAUGCUUCCUCAGAGGAAACAUGAAAGCUCGCGCAGAUUUUGUAGUCCUUUCAACUGUAAGAGUUAUGAUAUAUGUUUGCCAGAUGCUCUAGAUAAACGCUGUUGGGGUUCUUCUCAUGGUUGGUUGGUCACUCUUGGUGCCAAUUUUGAGAUGCACUUGCUGAAUCCAUUAUCAGGGGGCCAAAUUUCACUCCCCCCACUGCAUAAAUGCCCUAAUUUGAAUCUGGUUUGUACAGGAAAGAGCUUUCGCGACUCGUUUGUUUACAAAGUUAUCUUGUCUGCUAGUCCGUGCUCGUCAAAUUGUGUUCUUUUUGCUAUCUAUUCUGAUAAUUGGAAGAUGGCAUUUACAAAGCCAGGUGAUGUUGCUUGGACUCCCUUGAGUUGCAUCCAUGGCCAUGUUGAUGAUGCCAUGUGUCACGAUGGGAAGUUUUAUGCCAUCGACACUUUUGGCGAAAUUCUGAUGUGGGACUUAGCCGGCUCUUUGUUGAAGAGAAUAGCUUUUCCACCAUCUCGUGAUCUGGAUAAUUUGGUGUAUGCUACUACAUAUCUUGUCGAGGUAAAGGGCCAAAUAUAUGCCAUAAUGAGGCUUUUGUUUGAUACAAGAAUCACAGAUACUCCUUGUCUAAACACUUGGUGUUUCAAAAUUUACAAGUUGGAUGUCUGCAACGACAAGUGUGAAGAAGUGAAAUCUUUGGGUGAUUGGUCUAUUUUUGUCGGAAACAAUCAUUCCUUCUCAAUUCCAUGCUCUGCUUACCCAGAAUGUGAGAGUAAUUGCAUAUACUUCACAGAUGACUUCUCCGGAGUUCAUUACAAUGUAGUACAUGGCUAUGAUAUGGGUAUUUACAACGUUCAGAAUCUCAGGGUACAACCUCUUCUUCAGGAAGAUAUAUCCGACUUUGCAUUUUCGCUGCCACUGUGGAUAAUACCAAGUUUAUCUUAAGGAUUCUUCAGUAGAGAGAGACGGUAAUGUACAUCGUGCACCCGAUUUUCUGUGAAAUCAUGAGAUAUUUGAUUAGCUAUACUACUAAAGCAAUAUGUAUUUUACAGUGUGAGCAAAUGUUUAUUAUGCUUUUAAACUGUUGGUUCCUUAAGUUUGGAAUUGUUGCUUUUUUGUCAUGGGAGAACUACAGGAAUGGUCAUAUUUUGGUCUUUCUAUGCCAUUUAAUCAUUUUUAGCAUACAAAACGUUACCAAUGACAUACAACAUUCAGAAAGUCUAGCAACAUUACUUCAAGUUGAUGCUCCGUCAUCGCCUUAUAUACAUGUUGUAUUCCUCUCAACAUAUCAUCGUGUAACGUUCUAUUUAUGUACAUGUUGUAUUCCCCCUCAACAUAUCAUCAUGUAACGUUCUAUUUAUAUACAUGUUGAAUUCCCCCUCAACAUAUCUAACGUUCUAUUUAUGUACAUGUUGUAUUCCCCCUCAACAUAUCUAACGUUCUAUUUAUGUACAUGUUGUAU